UGAUAUUGGUUAAUUUGAUAGUUGAUAUUCACGUCGUUUCAUGACGUUCGACAUAUCGAAUCUAAAUAAAAAAAUGAUAUCUGUGGAUGUUGUGUGUGUUUUUUCACGCUUGGAUUUUAAGUAAUGUUAAGAUCUAGAAAAUCAAUGGAAUUUACCAACAAUAUUUGUGUUUAACACGUUAAUUUGAUAGAUAUAAGUUUACUGUUAUGUUUGUUAACCAUGGCAGAGAGUUCUGAGCAUUGGAAGAUUGAAAAGGGCUUAUGCCGUUGUUGCCAUUCUGAGGGCUCGUUUCAUCAGCUAUCUGAUAUAUGUAUAGUUGGUGAAGAAGAAGGAUUUUACGCGGAUAUGCUGCAGCUUACCUUAAACAUUUCUAUGAAACCUGUGGAGAAGCCGCUAAACAUGAUAUGUGACAACUGCGUCCACAGAGUUAAGGAUGCCACAGCAUUCAAACAGCAGGUGUUACGUUGUGAGGCCCAGUUCCAUGAAAUGUACACUAAGGGAGUCAUCAAAGUGGGACUAACUUCAGUCGUAAAAGAGGAACCAGAAUCAGAUGGAAAUGAUGAUUCCAAAAUGGACGCCGGUGGUUUUGAAGAUAACGACGAAGCUAACACUGACGUUGCUGACAGUCAAAGCGAACCACUCGCGGAAGUAGGUUUAGAACUGUGUAAGAAGGAGCCGCUGACAGAAGACACGGACAACAGGAGAAAAAGCUUACGGACCAAAAAGGCAACGUCGAUAUUAGAAAUUUCCCUUCUAACACCGAAGCAGCAAAAACCUAAACAGAAACCGAAACCGAGUAAGAAGCUGAAGAAAACGAAGGACGCGAGUGCAGCCGAAGACAGCACCAGCAAAGAUACGAUAACGCCAGAAGCGGGAAUAGACUACACAGAGCGCAUAGUCGACGGCAAGACAACUUACAUCUGUAACAUUUGUGAGAAGAACUUCACGACAGGUUUAUACGAAUUACGGAAACACAUCUUAAUGCACCAUUUUAACAAACGACUUUACAAGUGCAACAUUUGCGAGGAAACCUUUAAAGGACUCGGCCCAAAAAGGUGUCAUUUGCUGUCAAUUCACGGAAUGGAAGAAGUCAAAGUUGGGAACGGAUUUGUAAUCAGAUUAGCUGUCAAAGUCACUUGCAACACUUGUCAACAAGAAUUCCCUAGCGAACACAGUCUACGUCAGCACAUGACGUAUAAGCACAAAGUUAGACAAUGCACAGAAUGUCCUAUGACGUUUACUUCUAGAAGACACGUGAAGUUGCACAAGGCUGAGGUGCACGGUAUAGGCAUGCAUGUGUGUGGCGUGUGCGAUUUUAAACACGCAAUGAAAGCGGCUAUCGUGACACACCAAAGAAAAGUGCAUUUGAAAGAGAAGAACGUGUCGUGUCCUGAUUGUGGAUUGAAGUUUUUCGGGCCAUUUCAGCUGAAAAAUCAUAUGGUUAGACAUAAUCCGGUAAAGAAGUAUGAAUGUCAGUUUUGUCACAAGAUGUUCCCGCGCCAGAGCACAAUGCGGGAGCAUGAGAAAAUACAUUUGGGUGAUAAAAGGAGAGUGUGUCGCGUGUGUGACGAGAGGUUUGUCCAAACGGCCAGUCUGAGUUAUCAUAUGAAGAAAUACCACCCCGAAGCAUGCUGAGGGACUUCACUUAAAGAUACGAUCGUGACGGUCAAUACUGAAGUAGGCAGCUGCAGAAGCGACAUAACCUCAAAAAGCGGCGAAGAAGACGACCUUCCUGAACCUAAAGGAAAAAUCAAGGUCGAGGCAAUCAUUCUAUGUCCUAUAUGUAAGAUACCAUUUAAUAAACGCAGGAUAAUGAGAAUACAUUUAUUCAGUUCUCAUGGGCUUGAAGAAAUCAUGAUUAAUAGGAAAUAUGUCACACGGACACCGGAAGAAGUUACGUGUGACAUAUGUCAGAAAGUAAUAGCAACCAAGGCGAAAUUUAACGAACAUUUCAAGAAAAUACACAAAAGAACUAAAUGUACGAAAUGCCCCGCUAUGCUACUGUAUAGUGAAAAGUUGAGGCACAUGAUGAAAACUCAUGGAGAUGGCCUGGUGAUAACUUGCGGGCUUUGCGAUUAUAAGAGCAUAAGUAAAAGUAGAAUUGCUAAACACCAAAGACAAGUCCAUAUGAAGGAGAAAAACGCCCAAUGUCUUGAAUGCGGUGCUAAGUUUUUCGAUGAUGUGUGUUUAAAGAAGCAUAUGGUUUCGCACAACCCAAUUAAGACCUAUGAAUGCACGUAUUGUAAAAAGAAAUUUGCACGGUCGUCGACCUUGAAUAUCCACAGAGCUAUUCACACGGGAGAGAAGAAAAAAGAGUGUCAAAUCUGUGGGGAGAGGUUCGUGCAGAAAGCCAGCCUCAAUUAUCAUAUGGUGAAGCAUCACCCGGAGGCAUGUUGAAGGACCAAAAUGCCUACCACGAAUAAUAGUAACACGUAGCACGUUACUAACAUCCACAGGCUGUUUCUUUUUCCCAUAUCGUGUACGCAACGUGUUAAAUUUAAGAGAUCGUGUGGACGCCAUGACGUGUUAUGUGUUUUAUGUUACGUGGUAGCCCCCCAGCGGUGUCGUAAUAGAAACCAUAGGCUGUUGCAAAAAAAAUGAUCUGACUUACCUUCUUCUUGUCGAGAUGAAAUGGCUAUACGUUUAGUAUAGUAUACGUUGAUCGCUCUGUCGUUGCCCGUGUUCAAGUAGUAUAUAGUGCAGGACGUGAAUCAUAGAUUUGUAUAGCACUGUAAUCACACAAGUUGUUGCUGGAGCAGCCCCACUUGAUUUGGAUUUAGCGGUAUUUCCCUACACCAACUCGGAGUCUGUUAAGAGACCAGACUUACCACAAAUAACGUAAGUUUUCUCCCAGGAAAUGAUGAGUGUGAGACGGAAAAGGUCCUGGUCAUGAUCUGUGAGCCCCCUGAGCUCGGGGCUACAACACCGUCAAGCCUUCCGAUAGUUAUUCCACUGAUCACCUCACCAUAGUUAUAAAGUGCAAUAACUAGCCUUUUUUAAACUGUAAAUUAACUUCAUUUAGCGGUUCCAAAAUAGUUUCGCGACAAGACAUGCUAUUUUCGAUUGUAAAAAAUUGUUGUUAGAUUAAAAUAGUUUAUCCAUUAA